AUGGUUUCAGCCGAGCAGCAGAGCUGCCUAGCAGGCUAUAGUCGCAUUAUCUAUAUAAUUAGACUUUGUACGCGUGUUGUGGGUGCGGAUGUCUUAGAUCCCAACUAUAAACUCAAUUGGGUUACCUACAUUAUUAUAAUACUGCUAAGCAACUUUUAUCUCUGCACGUUCUAUUCGAUGUACGUGGGUUAUAAGAGCUCUGGGGACUUUACAGUCAUUUUGCAGGUGAUUUGCUUUGUCGGCGCUGCAUUGCAGGGCACAGUCAAGUUGAUCUGCUUCAUCAACUAUCCAGAGACGAUUCGUGUAUCGCACAAUUUCCUGCAUGAAACCUAUAAGCAGUAUGAGCGCGAGUAUCCUGCGGUGCUGCAGCGCAGUCUUGACAUAACCCGCAAGAUAAUCAAAGCUAUUGCUUGGAUGUACGUUAUGGUUUCGACGUCGCUGAUCUUAUUUCCACUGUUCUAUUACAUCAAGCACAAGCAGAAGAUAUUGAUAAUGCAGUUUGUGGUGCCCGGCCUAGACCCAUACUCCAGUCAUGGCUUCUUUUUGCUCACCUGUCUGCACGCCUAUUGCCUUUGCCUGGGCGCCUUUGGCAACUUUGCCAGCGAUAUGUUUAUACUCAUCUUUAUUGGGAACGUCUCGCUGGUGAACAAUAUUCUGCGCUGCACGCUAAACGAUGUGAAUAAGCAACUGGAGCAAGGCGCAAGUCCUGCUGACAUACGUUAUGCUAUGCAGGACAUUGUGCGCUGGCACUUGGAGUAUCUCAACAUGUUGGUUCGUAUGCAGAAAAUGUGCUUCUGGAUCAUUAUAGCCAUGGUCGGCUGCAAUGCGGUGAGCAUACUGGCAACGCUUUACUGUCAUAUGAAAGGAAUUUGGCCCGCAGCGCCAUUUCUGCUGAUCUUCUCCUUUAUGAAUCUCUAUUUGUACUGCGGACUUGGCACUAUGGUGGACUCGGCUAAUAGCGACUGCGCUAAUAUUAUAUAUACCGAGUGUCGUUGGUAUGAUCUGCCUGUAGUGGAGCAACGUUUUAUUUUGCUGAUGCUGCGCAAGGCUCAAAAUACAGCAAGUCUUAGUAUUGGCAGCAUGGCGCCGCUAACUGUAAAUACAGCGCUGCAGUUGACCAAAACUGUUUAUAGUGUGGUUAUGUUGAUGAUGCGUGAGUGA